AAAGUUUUAGGUUUUGUUUACUGUCUGCAAAUAUUAAUAAAAUAUUUGCAUUUGUAUAAUUAUUGGAAAUGUUUGUUACAGUUUUCCGAUAAUUUUUAACCUGAUUUUGUAGUUCUGUGUGAAAAAAUAUGUGAAUGACAACUUGAAAAUUGAUUUUACGCAUUUGACAAAAAAUUUUAAUAAAAGACUUUGACCUUCAAAUUAAUGGGGGUUUACAUUAAAAAAACAGAGCAAAAAAUGAAAGAUAGUUUAGACGUUCGCAAAAGAGUUGCAAUUUUACCAAAUAUGAGCGUCAAAGUUUACUUGGAAAUUUAAUGAAUUUUCUUUACCUCUACUCUAUAACUGUGUAUAACUUUGAAUUUUAAAUUGAAAACCUUGGUUUUGCGACUUGUCUUGAAAAUAAUCAUUCAGUCCAACAUACAAUGAAUAUUCUUCGUUUAACCGGCGAUCAAUUGCGCCUAUUUGCAGUUGUUUUACUUUUAAUUAAAAUUAUUAAAACACGAAGUUGUACAGGUAUAAGUGGCAAAACUCAAAUUUUACUUGCUCUGCAAUGUACUACUCGAUAUUUGGAUCUAUUUACUUACUUUGUUUCUACUUAUAAUACUUCUAUGAAAAUAUUGUUUUCAUUAAUCAGCUAUUUUACGCUUAUAUUAAUUUAUAUUGUCUACAAAAAGACAUUUGAACGUGAACAUGAUACAUGCAGGAUAGAGUACAUCCUGACCCCAGUUAUGAUGCUAGCUCUUUUAGUUAAUCAUGAAUUUUCAGCUAUAGAAAUCCUAUGGACUUUCAGCACUUACUUAGAAUCAGUGUCUUUAAUUCCACAAUUAAUGUUUAUAAUAAAAAAAGGAGAAUUUGAUGGAGCAUUGUUAGUUUAUUUGUUUUGUAUGGUUUCAUACAGAAGUAUUUUUUACUUAUCGAAUUGGAUAUAUCGAUAUUAUUACGAAGGAUAUUUUGAUAUAAUUUGUAUCAUAGCCGCUCUGGUAGAGGGAAUUGUUUUUAUAUACUUCUUUAUUCGAUGUGUUUAUUCGAUUAAACGUAAAGAGACGUAUCAGAAGAAUCUGAAGUUAAUACUAAAUUCACCAGAGAAUUUUAUAAUCAAUGAUAAAAUAUUAAAAGAGGGAAAAAACCUGGAAACAUCUAGUAAAAAAAAUGAAAAAGUACCACUGAACUUUGAUAAUUUGAAUAUCAAUGAAUUACCAGCGGUUCACAAUUUUAAAAUUGAAAAAUAAAUUAAAAUUCAAAUUUUAAUAAGGAAACAUUGAUUCGAAAUUAUCGUUCACUGAAUUUCACUCUUUUCUCUAUUUUUAUAUUUCCGAAUUUCUUAACUACAGAAAAAUACUUCCAGUCUUCAAUGAGUCAACUAUCGACACAUUCACUUUAUUUCAUAAUCGAACUAAAAUUAAGAAAACUGUAAAUUAAUUUUUUAAAUAAACUUUUGUUUUUUCGAUUAAUAAAAUACAAA